AUGGUGAAGGUGUGGUGCUGGAGAUGGUGUUUUCCGUUUGCUCUCAUCUUAACGGUGUUAGUUGGUGCCGUCUACGGUGGCAAUGUCACCUACGACGGAAGAUCAUUAAUCAUUGAUGGCCAACAUAGAAUCCUCUUCUCCGGUUCAAUUCAUUAUCCUCGUAGUACUCCGCAGAUGUGGCCUAAUUUAGUUGCGAAAGCUAAGGAAGGUGGAUUAGAUAUCAUACAAACUUACGUGUUUUGGAAUCUUCACGAGCCUCAACAAGGCCAGUAUAACUUUAGAGGAAGGCGUAAUAUAGUGAGAUUCAUUAAGGAAAUUCAAGCACAAGGGUUAUAUGUAACCCUCCGAAUUGGACCAUACAUUGAGAGUGAAUGCACAUAUGGAUCUGACAAUGAGCAAUUCAAGUUUCACAUGCAAAGGUUCGCUGCCAAAAUAGUCAACCUCAUGAAAUCAGCCAACCUUUAUGCUUCACAGGGAGGACCUAUUAUACUAUCACAGAUUGAGAACGAGUAUGGGAACGUUGAAGGGGCGUUUCACGAGAAAGGACUGUCUUACAUUCGUUGGGCUGCCCAAAUGGCUGUGGGACUUCAAACUGGUGUGCCUUGGGUGAUGUGCAAGCAAGACAAUGCUCCUGAUCCGGUGAUCAACACAUGCAAUGGCAUGCAGUGCGGGAAAACUUUUAAGGGGCCUAACUCACCUAACAAGCCUUCACUCUGGACAGAGAACUGGACAAUCUUUGGUGAAGUACCAUACAUAAGAUCAGCUGAAGACAUUGCAUAUAAUGUUGCCCUGUUCAUUGCAAAGAGAGGAAGCUAUAUCAAUUACUACAUGUCGCGUGAUGAAUUAUUGGAUUUGAUGCAGUACCAUGGAGGAACCAAUUUCGACAGGAUAGCCUCUGCUUUCGUAACAACAUCCUAUUAUGACGAAGCUCCACUGGAUGAAUAUGCCGAAAAAUGGAAAGUGUACAAAGAAGUCAUCCCCAGCUUUGACGAUACUUCAUUAAGAGCAAAUACACUAUUAGAUCAAAUCAGCACAGCAAAAGAUACAUCUGAUUACAUGUGGUACACAUUCAGGUUUAUUGGCAACUCUCCUAAUGGUCAGUCCAUUCUAAGUGCAUACAGCCAAGGACAUGUGUUGCAUGCGUUCGUCAAUGGAAAUGUAGUAGGUUCUGCACACGGAAGUCACAAAAAUGCAACUUUUGUCAUGGAAAAUAAACUCGAUCUUAUAAAAGGGGUGAACAAUAUUUCUUUCCUCAGUGCAACAGUUGGACUGCCGAACUCAGGAGCAUAUCUAGAGCACAAAGUUGCUGGUUUAAGUAGAGUGAAAGUUCAAGGCCGAGAUGUCACUAAUCAAGCAUGGGGAUAUCAGGUUGGGCUGUUGGGAGAAAAAUUGCAAAUCUACACAGCUAGUGGAUCAAGUAAAAUUCAAUGGGAAAGUUUUCAAAGCUCAACAAAGCCACUCACAUGGUAUAAGACCACAUUUGAUGCACCAGAGGGCAACGAUCCUGUAGUGCUAAACCUUGCUUCUAUGGGAAAGGGAUAUACUUGGGUUAAUGGCCAAGGUAUAGGCCGAUAUUGGGUAUCUUUCAUCACACCACAGGGAACUCCUUCACAAAAAUGGUAUCAUAUACCCCGAUCCCUCCUAAAAUCUACUGGGAAUCUACUAGUUCUGCUAGAAGAAGAAACUGGGAACCCACAUGCAAUCACUCUAGACACAGUUUACAUCACAUCACAGUAA